AUGUGCUACCGAGUCACGUCCCACAUGAUGCGUUGCGACGCGAGACCGAUCAUCUCUAAUGGCGAGGUCGAGAUCGUCAACGGAUACUCGGAACCGACGGCGUGCAUGUGCGGGAAGCAAGACGACAUCAAGGAGAGGCUGCGUUGCGACUGGCACGGAUGCUGCCGCACGGCGACCAGGGUGCACCUCUGCGAGAAGGCGGGCCAGUGCCUUACCGUCCCCUUCCACCGCUACUUCCAGUCGAGGAUGGAGGUGGAGGCCGAUGACUGGAGCGGAAGCAUCGGACGGGAUGCGCCAUGGCCCGAGAUGUUCGUGCUGGACGACGAACACAUCCCGCGCGGAUGCCAAACGCCCGGCUCGAGGGUCGAAUACGAACAACCGACGUUCCGGGAAGCGAUGAAGGAGAUGCUCGCCAUCGGGCAGUGCAUCGCCCAGAUGGACAGGAUGGCCAACCAGGUGCAGACGAACCGGAAACUGCUCGUCGAGCUGAUGGAGCACAGGUCCAACAUGUACGUUCGACCAGCUGGCCGAUACGUCGCAUUCGGACUCGCCCAUAGGAGGGGGAGCCAUCUCGGAGGCGAGAGCGGGUAG